AUGGCCACGGUCCACUCUUUGCAGUCGCUCGUGUUGGAUUUACCGCCAAGCUGCAUUGAAUUCUGGCCAUUGUUUCCUCGCUAUGCUGUGGUGGGAACGUACAAUCUGGAAAAAUCAUCCGAGACGGAACCUGCAAACCAAGACGACGCUGCGGUCGACACACCAGAAUCAAGACACCAAGAAAGAAACGGCUCCGUGCUGCUGCUUGAGGUAGAUGGCGAUCGCGUAAACAUCAUCCACACAGUGGCCACUCCAUAUGCAGUACUGGACAUCCAUUUCGCUCCCAAGGGACAUUCGCAGUUUUUGUUUGGCGUAGCCUCGUCCACUGGCUCAGUCGGCUUGUACCGGCUCACUGAACCCCGAUCCCAUGCCAUGCCUGAAAUUGUUCAUCUUCAUACCAUUAAUGUGGCCCAUCCUGGUACCCUCGUCACCGCAUUCAUAUGGCACCCCAAAAUCACCAUUUCCAGUGAAGCAAAUCUCGUCGCCUGUCUCUCUCUUACAGACGGCACCAUUGCCAUGGAGGAGAUUUCACCGCUUUCGGCAACUGCAGACCGGAAUUCGCAAACCGUGGGAAGCCAUGACCUGGAGGCUUGGACUGUAGCUUUGACCCAUGAUGGCAUGGGUCUAUUUUCUGGUGGAGAUGACAGUGUCUUGGGCUUUUGGAAUCUGGUGAGACACACUGAACAGCUCUGUCCCGGUGCUUUAGGUCUGGGAGUGGCUGAAAGCGUGGAAUGGAAGGAUCGGAAGAUACACGGCGCGGGCGUCACGUCAAUACUCCCACUGAAGACGGCAGACACUGAAUCACUCAUCAUCACCGGAAGCUAUGAUGAUCGUAUUCGCCUCCUCCACGUAUCCGCCAUGGGAAGGAGGAGAGUCCUUGCGGAAGAGGAUUUGGGAGGCGGUGUGUGGCGGCUCAAGCAACUGAACGAGAGUGAUGAUGUUUCUCCAAUCACCCAGGAAACUUGCAAGCCAGUAUUGGUUCUCGCAAGCUGUAUGCAUGCUGGGGCACGGAUCUUGAAGCUUUCGCAUGAUGGUGGCGAGUGGCAUUUCGAAGUGCUAGCCAAAUUCGAGGAGCACAAGAGCAUGAAUUACGGGAGCGACUGCCAACCAUCACUGGAUGAGCUUGAUCGGCGCACAUUCAUCACGACAAGUUUUUAUGACCGACUUCUCUGUCUCUGGAGAUUUUAG